AUUUGUGGUUUAUUAAAAGUGCCAGAUGUUAGCGUAGUGAUUUAGACAGAUUUUACUGGUCAGAUUCUCACAAUGGCAGAGCGUUUUAACAUCCAUCUGCAAAAAUCCACCAAGGACAAACUUGAAAAAUUCAAACAAAUAAGAGGUAAAAAAGUUCAGUCUGAUGUAUUCUGGGAUCUUGUGGUCAUCACUGCAGUGGAUGAGGACCAGAGGUCUGCUUAUCAAAUUCAGAUAAAUGAGAAACUGGAGAGGAAAGAACUGCCUCUUGGCAUUAACUAUCAUGUGUUUGCAGAUCCUCCAGGAUGCAAGAUUGGUAAUGGUGGAUCAACUUUACAUUCGCUGCAGUGUCUACAUGAUAAAUAUGGCAAGUCACUGUCAGGAUUUAAAGUCAUCCUUAUUCAUGCAGGAGGAUUCAGUCAACGUUUGCCCAGUGCCAGUGCCCUUGGUAAAAUACUCACAGCUGUGCCCCUGGGAAACCCUUUAUAUCAAAUGCUGGAGCUCAAACUUGCAAUUUAUGUGGAUUUCCCCUCAAACAUGAAGCCGGGGAUGCUGGUUACCUGUGCUGAUGAUAUAGAGCUCUACAGUGUUUCUGACCAAGAGAGUGUGGUGUUUGAUAAGUCAGGUUUUACUGCCUUAGCACAUCCCUCCCCUCUCUCUGUUGGUACCACUCAUGGAGUUUUUGUUCUCGAACCAGCACAUAUGCCCAGAAUUUGUGAUAUGGAAUACAGAACUUGCUCUCAGUUUCUGCACAAACCAAGCAUUGAAAAGAUGUUCAAAUGCAACGCCGUAUGCGAGAGGGAAGGAGAGGAGUUUGUUUACACUGACAGCACUUACUAUUUUGAUUACGGGACUGCCAUGACCCUGCUGACCCUGUUCCGUGAAAUCAGCCCUCUGACAUGUGAAAUCGAUGCCUAUGGAGACUUUCUUCAAGCCCUGGGGCGAAGAGCUACUGUGGAUUACACAGAAAACACUGCCAACGUCACGACGAAGGAAAGCGGUCUCGUUGAGAUUCGCAGAAAGAUUUUCCACCGUCUCAAAGGCACGCCACUCAACGUCAUCCUGUUGAACAACUCCAAGUUUUAUCAUGUCGGCACCACAGAGGAAUACUUGUUCCACUUCAGCACGGACCCCUGUCUCAGAGCAGAACUCGGCCUGCUCUCUGCUGCCUUCAGUGUGUGCGACUUGGAGCCAUCGGAGAGAACUAGAGUUUGCGUGUCGCACAGCAUCCUGCAUCCCAGUGUGAGCAUGUCCCAGGGCAGUGUUGUGGAAUACUCCAGACUGGAUGCUAGAGUUAAAGUCGGAAGUAGAUCUGUCAUCAGUGGCUGCUGGAUAGACACGGAUCUUACCGUGCCAAGUGACACCUUCAUCCACUCUUUAUCUGUAAACCUGGAUGGAAAAACGGGUUUUGUGACUGUGGUUUUUGGUGUUAAAGAUGAUUUGAAGAAAAGUGUAUCCAGUCCUGCUCAUAUGAAAGCAUUGAGUUUGUUUAAGGUUAAUCUGGAGGACUGUGUUGGACUCUGGGGUUUGUUUCCUGAGAAGGUCAGGUUCUCGGGAGACACAUCUAUGUGUAGUUUGUGGAACGCCUGCAUUUUCCCAGUGUGCUCCAAUCUAAAGGAUUCAUUUGUGAUGUCACUGGGGAUGCUGAAGGCACUGGAUAGUGGAACUAGUUUCGCACUACCAAAAAAAGCCACACUAACCUCUUUACAAGAAACUCUGCAGAACAAGAACCUGGAGGAAAUGCUGAAAUUUAGGAAAGAACUUUAUGAAGACAUUCUUAGGGUUAAUUCAAGUCAUUCUGUCUGAGCAUAAAUGAUCAAUAAUUUAAUCGUGAAUGCUGCUCAGCAAAGGCAAAGCCUUGUAAGUACUGAGGCCAUGUCUUCAAAGUAGUUUUUACUAAAUUGAUUUGAUAGCAGUUUUCACACACUGUUUUUUUCUAAAUCUGAGCAAUCGUAUGAGAUUGGUAUGAAUUAGGAGUUCGGAAUCUUACAAAAUUACUAUGAAUUUGCCACCACAUUUUUCACAAAUUCGUAUGAGUGAGUUCGUACGGAUUAUCCACCUUGUCAAAAAUGUACGUAUGUUGAGCCAUGUGAUGAAACUCUUAAAUUGCCCAUAACAAACACUAUAGAAAUACCAAGACAAUGCACUCACACUGCUGCGAAUGGGAGAAAGUGCAACAUGCAAUAUGGUGGAAUAAGUCCCUCCUUCUGAAUAAAAGAGCCAAUUGGCAGAUAGUAAAGUCAUGCAUCACUACAGCUGCCAUUAAGAUCUUUGUUUGCAAUAGAAACUGUUUUAGCAAGUAUUCACUAACUGGUUGUACCAAAUAAUUUUUUUUUUUUUUUUGCCAUUUUUGCUUUUAUUAGAUAAGACAAGAAUUGAGGUGGGACAGGGUUAGGAAAAGUGCUCAAGACGGGAGACAAACUUGUGAACCCUGAAGUGGUGUGCUGCCCAAAAGGCUAUUUGCGCCAAUGUCAGUGUUUCUCAAUUCAAUGUUUAUUUUUUAUUUUAUUUUUUUUUUCAGACAUGUUUAUUUAUUAAAUUUGUGUUGGAACAAUUUAAAUUUGUGCGUGGAGAGUUAUUCCUUCUACUAUAUUUAAAUAUUUAUCUUACUUGGAGCAUCUUCACAAAACACCUAUUAAGACAUGAUGAAGUAAAAAUCAUGUGCAUAACCUCAUACACAAUUAUCAUUAUAAUAUUUCCUUAAUUUACCCAUUUUAAACUUUGUUGUGGAGGAAACAUUUCUUAUAUCUUGGUGGAAAUUGUGAUAUGUUUUAUCAGAAAGUUUAAGAUUUUCUGUUUUAUUUUACUGUCAGUGGAAUGCAUCCUUGCUUACAAGUAUUAACUUCUUUCCAAAAAACACAAAUGCAAAUCUUACUGACCCCAAAUUCUGAAUGGUAGUGCAUUUCCUUUAUAGAACACAGAGUCACAUCCAAGUUCAGAGAGCGAAAGAUAAAGAAAGAUGAGUCUUGAUGCAGCUGUUGUCUGAAGAGAGAAAUCAACCGUGACCUCACCCUGUAAUAGGUUCAGAUCCUUAGAGAGGUCAGCUGUCAUUGUUGACACACGUUCCACACCGAGGCUGAUGUAUUUUUAGCAGGGGCUGUGAUCCCUUAUCGGACUUUUCUCUAUUGUGCCAAAGCAUUUUGUUACCACUGCAUGAGACUUUCCCUCCAACUAACCGUGUACAAAAGUUGAAACCAACCAGUGUGAUGGGGAAUUAUAAAUCAAGACCCACUCAAACCUGAACAGUAAACAUUAAGUUUCUUCAGCUGACUGUUUGAUUAGUUCAGUUCAUUC